CAAAUAUGACCCAAGCGCUCACUGACUCGAACCAACAAGUCACUAAAGUUGUUGAAAGGUAAUAGAUUUCUUGGAUCUAUCCUAUCUUUUUUUCCAGCUUCUUAUUUUUUUUUUAGUUUCAGGCCAACAAAAAAAACCUACUGUAUCUCUUUCAAAGAUGACGCAAGCGCAUUUGGACACACUGCUCGAUCUCUUCCAACUUUCUAUAAUUGCACUCGACAUUGAGGAUGUCAGAACGGUUCUGGCAGAAAGUAGCGCAAAGGGAUACGAUUGGGACCGAAAAAAAAUUGAAAAUCAACAAGCAGAUGACAUCAUUGAGGAUGAAGUUGUUACUAAGGAAGGAUACAUUUCUUACUUAAAGGAAAACAUCAAAAUUUCCGAUAAAAGUGAUUUUUAUGACGUUAAAUCCAAAAAGUCGCUUUUGUCAGUAAAAUAUGACGAGAUGCCCUUCGAAAUAAGUGGGACCACAGAUGUGGUGAUUGCAAAGAAAAGCAAUGCAAAUGCUCAUACUUUGUCCCAUGGAAUUCAGGCCGGAAUCGAAUUGAAGAAGCAAAUCAAAGAUAUAGAUAUUCCUCAAGCCAUUGGACAACUUCUCACGGCAAAUAUUCGCUCAAACGAAGCUGUAUUCAUAGUUCUUACCAAUUUGAACGAGGAAUGGAUUUUUUUCUGGUUGAAAGAUGUGGAAGGCGAUGUAAGUAAAGUAAGAAUUGAGGAAGAAAAAACUAAAGAAUCUAUGGACGACAAUCAUGGGCUAGAAUUAUUUCUAAAUAGAUCUAAGGUUCACCUUGAGUUUAAAGAUGAUGUCGCAAAUAUGGAGGAUGCAUAUGAUGUGAUGACUGAAGAAGAAAUAUGCGACUGGAAAAUAAGACGAGUAAUAAGGCUUUUGGGAGAAACACCUUACUUUCAAUCAUUUAAAUCAAAUAAUAAUUACGUGGAUAUGUAUUCAUAAUUGGUUGGUGGAUUUGAAUGUAAAAUUCAUCACAUGUAUAUUGUAAUAAUUGCACAGUAUGAAAUUAUUGAAAAAAAAGAAUAAUAUUUACAAAAAGAAAAUUAAUAUUCAAUAAUAAAAGUAUAAACCAUUAU